GCUUCAACAUCAACGCCACCAGCACCAUCAUCAACGGCACCACCUCCAGAAUCACCAUUAGCAUCAUUAUCACCAACACUAGUGGCAUUAGAGUCAUUGCAAUCAGAACAAGAAUCGCAAUUGAUAUCAGCUUCAGCAUCAACCCAAUCAACACCGCAACCAUCAGUGACAAAAUCAACAUCAUCAUUGUCAUUGACACCACCAGCAUCACCAAUCCAGUCAACACAAUCUUCAACUGUAAGAUUACCUUCCUCGUCAAUGGUAUCAUCAGGUUUAAUUAAACAAACUGUAUCUACGACAACAAAACCAACAACUAUGAUGGUGUCUACGUCGUCGACGUCGCAACCACCUACUACACCGUCAAAAGAGAGCUCCCAAAAAUUCGAAGGAAUUGGCAAAGUGGAGGAACCUUGGGAAAGCAGAUAUGGAGAUAACAAAUCGAAUAAGUACAAAGAACUUAAGGGCAAGCUGGAAAAACAUUUAAGAGGAAUUCUCGAAGAGAAAUACGAACAAAAUUUACUUUAUAUUGAGGUGAAAAACUUCCGGAAGGGAAGCAUAAUUUUCGACUUUACAGUUUUCCUUACGUCUACGACGGAUGUUGAUGCCAACAGCCUGAAGGAGGCAAUAGAGAAAGGUGAAGGGGGCUCAGAAAACUUCACUAUAUCCGUCGAAACUGUAAAGCAGGUGGCUGGUCCCACACAAACUAUAACGUGUCCAACAUGUCCUGAGCCCGGAUCAUGCAUGCCGUGGAUUAUGGUUGUGAUCGCACUUGGAAUUAUAAUUCUGCUUUUGCUUGCUUUGUUGCUGUUUUUUAUCCUUCAAAACAGAAGAUCGAAAAACAGUUCAAAGAAGUGGAAUACAUCAGAUCGGCAAAAUUACAACGAUUCUUUUGCGCAGCCCCGUAUGUACAGCUUUGUCUCCGCAGAUAUGUACCCACUAACUGGCACACCAAGGGUUGCGAGAAAAACAAGUAGUCUUGGUUUAACGGUGAGUUACCUAUUUUCACAAUUGCCAGUCCUUAUUAAAUUAACUAUUUUACUGUUUGCGCAACCUAAAGAAUUUAGUCGUAUGAUUAACUUCCCCUUUCGGGAUCUGAUUUAAUCUUCUCUUUUUCUGAGCACUCUACUCGCUCCAUCUUGGUCUUUCUCAUCACCUGCUUAGUGAAUUUCUAUUUACUCUUGAUAC